CGGUCAGGUUUGGACCCCUUCUCUGUGCUGCUAUGAUUUAUUUGGCUGGCACCAUAGACCUCAUACCGUCUAGCAAAGAGAUGUCACUGAAAAACUGAGGCUUUAUGCCACCGUUACCACGGGAAACAACACAUGAAAGAAGAAGCCCUUUCAGGGAGCAAGAGGAACAGCCUCUACUUUCUGAGAAUUGAGCUGAUGAAACUGGCACCGCACUGCUGCCCGCUCAUCUGAUAGCCACAUCUUUAAAGGACUGUAAGCACACCGAAGAGAACACAUACAAGAUCUGCAGAGCAAUAACCUGCACCGGUGAUCUCCCAGUGAUAAAUUUAAAACUCCACAGAUGCAGCUCAUGAAAGAUGACUGAGCAGCUACUUUCUUUAUGAGCGUCUUAUUCUGGAGAACAGUAAAGCAGCAGAGCUUGGUGUCUUCACAUCAAGCUUUUAUGGAAGAAGCACUUCUCCCAAAUAUAAGUUACCGGGCAGAGUAACAAUGUCAUAGGCAGAUAGGAUGGCAGCAAAUAGAAUAACUAUGUCUAGAAUAAUACAGUUUGUCAUAGAAGACAUCAGCUCUCCUGGGAUCUAUGAAUCUCUCUCCUUUCCCAGACAACUUCUGCAGCUUCCUUGUUUCUGCUUCUCACUGUGACACUCCAGUUUCUCUUGCUAUCAAGCAAGCAGCCUUCCCUGGUAAGAAGGGAACUUUUACUUUCGCUCGGCUGGCUUUUUGUGGGACACAAAAAGGAGAGCAGCAUUUGAAGGCUGCUAGCACAGCUGCUCUGCCAGAGGGACUCAGAACCAUGCUAUUGAGCCAGCACGUGCCCUGUGCAUUUUUCUCCUUCCCAGGAUCCCCCAUAGUAGAGCUGAGGGAUUUAUAGAUAAGUUAGUAGAAAUAGCUGGGCUUCCUGCCACGAUAAAAACCAUAGGAAACCUCAGCUCCACCUGACCUUGCACUGCACACACACACACCCUACUUCUCAUUUGAUAUUUUGACCACUAUCAACAUUCGUGUAAGAUCAGCGGUAGCUUUGCUAUAUAAAACCUGCCGUGGGAGACAGCAAGCAAAAAGGCGUGAAUUGGCAUGCCUUUGUUUCUUUCCCUAGCAAGCCGAGCAGGCAUUAGGAAGGGCAAAGAACAACGAAUAAAAAGAGAUUUCCCUACACCAAGUCUAAAGAGCUCUUUUCUUCUACGGCUAUAUAGUAUAGCUUAGAAAACUGGUUAUCCUACAUAGCAGGACUAGAAACACCUCCCACACAACCACUGAGUGCCUUCCUCCCCUCUGCUCACUACAGAUGAUCCUUUCAUUACUUUUUCUGAGUUUGAGGUACAUUUUACUACCCAUAAAAAAGAGAAUGAAAGUUCUGCUGAACGAGAGCUCCUCAGUGGCCCCUGCUUUUAGUAAUUAUCGAGUAAGAUGAUGCGGCUUCAACUCAGUAAUUAGGCUCUCACUGGAAACUUUGCAUUGCCUUAUAUGCUAUAAGAUGCAUUUUAUUUCUGCUCAGCAUUCAAAGGACCAUCUCUCGUGAGCAUCGAGGAGAGAAGCACUUGUGAUAUGAUCUGCAAGGAAAUACAGAGUUUCCGCCGACAGACGCGGCUACCUAUUGACAUCUGCUUUUUGCAGCUGCUGGGUAUCACAGCGUAGGCAGCAGUUCGCUGGCAGAGGUACCUGGCCAGAAACAAGCAAUUCCGCUCCACCAGAACUGAGGAGCUCCUUUGCAUCACUUGAAAAGAAAGAGGGGAGAAAAGGAACUGGGGAAAAAACAUGAGCUCUUCAAGCACGGAGUCCCUUGAAGCUGACACCACAACCUUUUAUGACUUUAUUGAUAACUAUAACGAUGCUCCACAACCUUGCAGUAAGGAAACCUUCAAGAGGUUUGCAGCCUCUUUCUUCCCUGUUCUGUAUACCCUGGUAUUCCUGAUUGGGCUAAUAGGAAACACUCUGGUCAUUGUGGUCCUCUUUAAAUACAAGAGACUGAAGAGUAUGACUGACGUGUACCUGCUAAACCUCGCCAUCUCAGAUUUGCUCUUUGUUUUAUCCCUGCCGUUCUGGUCUUAUUUCAUGAUAGACCAAUGGGUUUUUGGAACUCCCUGGUGUAAAAUUAUUUCGUGGAUCUAUCUGGUUGGGUUCUACAGUGGGAUAUUUUUUAUCAUGCUUAUGAGCAUAGACAGAUACCUGGCAAUUGUUCGUGCAGUGUUUUCCAUGAAAGCAAGAACUGCCUUCCAUGGCCUGAUUGCCAGUCUUACUGUAUGGCUGGUAGCUCUUUUAGCCUCAGUUCCAGAACUUGUAUUUAGAGAAUCUUUUGUUGAGCAAAAUUAUACUACUUGCAAGCUGAGAUAUCCAAGCAACUACCUGACAUGGAAACUCUUCUACACUUUGGAAAUCAACAUUCUUGGGCUCCUACUCCCGUUGAUAGUUAUGGCAUUUUGUUACUCCAUGAUUAUUAAAACUUUACUUCACUGUAGAAAUGAGAAAAAGAAUAAGGCUGUGAGGAUGAUCUUUGCUGUCAUGAUUGUGUUUUUCUUCUUCUGGACCCCUUACAAUAUCGUCAUUUUAUUACAACUGCUGGAAGCUACUGGAGUCAUUAGAAACUGUCAAGCAAGUAGGAACCUGGACUAUGCAUCUCAAAUAACUGAAAGCCUUGGCCUUUUCCACUGUUGCCUCAAUCCAGUCAUCUAUUUCUUCAUGGGGGAAAAAUUUAAGAAGUACCUGAAGAUGCUCUUUAAGAACUGGCAGUUACCUGGAGAUAUUUGUAAGUGGUGCGGACUUCACAUCACUUACCACACCGAGUCUACUGGAUCGUUCCACACGCAGUCCACUGGGGACCAAGAAGCCCUGUAACGUGUUCCACACCAACUGACAAAAAUCAACUGACAAAAGCAGGAACUUCAAAAAGCUCAGAAAAUGCACAGGCAUUUAAAGUCGGCCAGUCUUUGAUAAUAACUUCAUCUUUGAUUUCUGCCUCUUAGAUUUUCUGAAUACUAUGACAGAAGUCGUCCUAGAUGUGAGAUCUGGCAGACAGACAUGUAUGUUUUAUCUGCUGCAAUUAGAAAUCACUGCUCAGAUCUAACAGCAGCCUCAACUCACCGCAAGUACUACGCUCUGUUGCUUGUUUUUCACCAGCAUCAAGAAACGAUUGGACUCAAUGGAGGGCAGAGGAGAAACAACUUGCUAUCUCAAAGUGCAUUUAAAAGCAUCUUUGUUUAUUCAAGGAGAAGGUGGUUAUUGCCAUAUUUUUUAUUCUUCAGCUGAUCUGCGUAGGUUUUGUUUGCUCAGGCAUGUAGCAAUCUAUUAACAACAGCAGCUGCUGUUAAAAGUUUCACCUCGGGAAAGGCUACACCUUCAGCCAUUAAGAAAAGAAGGACACAAAACACACUCUAUGUGCACAAAAAGGCAAAGCCAAUGAAUUACAUUGUGCUAUAAAUCUAGCUUUGUUUUCUUUCAGGUAUCCAAACUGUCUACGCAUACGUAUAUAUAGGCAUUUUUGAAUGACUUAAUGACCAUAAUUCAGGAUGGCAAUUCUUUUUUUUUUUUUUAUUAACAUUGAAAACGUGGUGGGUUUUUUGUUUUUUGUUGCUGUUGUUUUUAAAUAAAUCUUUAAAAAGUUAA